UCCAACCUUCCAUUUUUGCCACAAUUUCAAGAUCCAAUCUUUAAUCAACAGGUACAUUCUUUUUGUUACUACCUUGAUUCACAUUCCAAGAUUUUCACAUUAUAUGCUCCAAAAUUGAAACUUUAUCUCUAAAUUGCUGAUUUGGAUAAGUUGGGUUUAAAGACUUAGUGACUUUGGGAUUUGAUCAAAUUAGUGAAAUGAAAGGUUUUGGUUCUUCAACAGAUCCCAUUGGCCAAAAUACAAUAAAGCUUAUAAGCAAUGUGGGUUUUUCAGUAUUUGUGUUUUCAGUGCUUAUAAUUACAAUUAUUGCUGCAACAUACCAACCCCCUGAUCCAUGGGAAUCCUCUAGGGCCUUAAGUAGGGUCUUCACAGAGGUUCAAAAUGCUACAUUCCAAAUGGAUAAUUCGGUUGUUAAAACCGGUGAAGACAUUGGAAUGGUUGCAGUUAGCCCGGCUGCAUCCCCUGCAGCUGCACCCGUGGCCCAAACCGACCCGUUGAUUGAGAAAUCAGGGGAAAAGGUUAUGAAUUUAAGUAUGGAUACUGGUGGUUGUGAUGAUACAAGUUAUGUUAACUGCUCUGAACCUGGAGUUCUUAGGGCGAUCAAGAAGUUUAAUGGUAAACGCUUUAAGUCAAUAGUGUUUCUAGAGUAUCAAACACCAGUAAACGGGUCAAACACUAAUGAAUGUGAUGUUACAUGGAGGUUCAGGAAUAAAAAAGAGAAAUCUUGGAGGAAAUAUAGAGAUUUCAGAAGGUUUAGAAUUGGGUGUGGCGAAAAUUGUACUUACAUAGUGGUGGGUGCAAAGGGUUGGCAUUCGGGUAUCAAUGCAAAACGUCCAAGAAGCCAACUGAAUGCCACUAGAAAAGGUAAUAAAUCUAAGGUUUCUCCAUCAUUCAAUGAUGAUCAGAUCAAUGACACGAUUGCAGUAAUUGGGUCGGGUUCUGCUUUUAGAAAUGGCAAAUAUUUGUAUUAUUCACGGGGAGGUGAUUACUGUAAAAACAUGAACCAUUACAUUUGGAGCCUUUUGUGUGCUCUUGGUGAAGCUCAAUACUUGAAUCGCACAUUUGUUAUGGAUUUGAGUAUUUGCUUGGCAUCAAAGCAUAGUUUAAGCAAUAAAGAUGAAGAAGGAAAAGAUUUUAGAUUCUAUUUUGAUUUUGAACAUUUGAAAGAAACUGCUUCGAUAGUGGAAGAAAGCGAGUUUCUUAAGGAUUGGAAAAAAUGGGAGAAAAGUCACAAGAAGAAAAUCCCAGUAAGAAAAGUUGUGGAUUAUAAAAUCACACCAAUGCAGUUAAUGAAAGAUAAGAGUACAAUCAUAUGGAGGCAGUUCAAUAAACCCGAGCCUGAAAAUUAUUGGUACAGGGUUUGUGAAAGUCAGUCUGCAAACUACAUCAAAAGGCCAUGGGGUUCACUAUGGAAAUCAAAGAGACUAAUGAACAUCGUUUCUGAAAUCAGUGGGCAAAUGGAUUGGGAUUUUGAUGCUGUUCAUGUAAUUCGUGGAGAAAAAGCUCAAAACAAAGCGAUGUGGCCUCAUCUUAAUGAAGAUACAUCCCCUGAAUCAUUAGUUGCAAAGCUUCAAGGUGUUGUUCAGCCUUGGAGGAAUCUUUAUAUCGCUACAAACGAACCAUAUUACAACUAUUUUGACAGAUUAAGGUCACAUUACAAGGUUCAUUUGCUUGAUGAUUACAAGGAAUUAUGGGGUAACAAAAGUGAGUGGUAUAAUGAGACUACAGUUUUAAAUGGCGGUCGACCUAUUCCUUUUGAUGGGUAUAUGCGAGCUGAGGUGGAUACUGAGGUGCUUUACAGAGCUAAGACGCGAGUAGAGACAUUCAACAACUUGACUAAAGACUGCAAGGAUGGCAUAAAUUCAUGCUGAUGAUGUUUUAGAUAUAUAUAUAGAGGCGUCAAUCUGAGAGUAGCCAUAAAUUAGAGUGGAUAUUGAUUGUUGAUUUGUUUUUGUUGAGUCCAUGAUCAUAUUUUUGCCUAUAUUUGUAUUGCUUAUUCAUGUUUA